CGAAAGCAAAAGGAUUUGCUUUGUGGCUGUCGUCGGUGCUGGCGAUAUGCCAUGUGGCCGCAUCGGGAUGGGUUUUCUGUAGAUAUACGCGCGAAACAAUCUUGCCGUCGCACAAGAAAAAUCCAGUCAUCUAGUUGUAGGAGCAGGUAUAAGAAGAAAGCGUCGACAUCCAUUCUGUCCUCUGCGACCACGGUGACUUACCUGCCGGAGGAAAGGUUCCAAGAGGAAUAAACUUUUUCAGGGCAUCAACAACGGUGUUGCCAUGGCAAAGGAGCUCCAAGACCGCCGUGACAUCGUGGUAGACCGCUGCUGGAGUCUGGCACCCCUGUCGGCGAUGUCGGCACUGCUUGCCAUGCUGAUAUCGAAGAACAGCGCGCUCUUCUACGUGGCCUUCAUUGACGAGUUUGGCGUGAGCCACCAGAGCGCCAGCUGGCCUCUCACCCUAAACGUGGUGAUGGCACACGUGGCAGGUUUGCUAGUGACGUUGCUGCAGGAAAGAUUCACUAUCUACCAAAUCGCCAUAGCUGGAAGCCUGCUGAACUUCGGCGCGCUGGCGGCGUCGGCCUUUGUGCCCAACAUGAUCUGGAUGUGUGUUACUCUGGGCUUCCUAAGCGGUUUAUCGGUCGGUAUGAUCAUGCUCUGCCUGUCGAUAUACAACAUGCUGUACUUCGACAAGUACCGGGCCACCGCCAGCGGCUUCAAGUACACCGGCAUGACGUUGGCGCCGCUCGCUUUCCCGCUGCUUCUCUCUGCGCUGCUCCGAGAGUACGGCCUCCACGGUGGCCUGCUCCUGCUUUCGGCAAUCACGGUGAACACCCUGCCCGUUGCCAUGCUCAUGAACAAGCCCCGACCCAUAAACCUGUGCUGCGGUCGGCAAAACGUUGACCCUGCCGAGGAAAACUGGGAUAGUUGCGGUGAAGAGAGCCGUUGUGGAAUAGUCCACAAUGCAAAAGGUGCAGCAAAGGCCGUUCGUUCGGCAUGCGUCCCAAAUGGUGGCGAUGUCUUCGGGAAGGACGCUCCCGGACAUCAGAGGAGCGCACCCAAUGGCUUUGUACCACGUAAUAACAAUGCUUCUGAUUCUACAUGUGGAACGGGCUGCAAGUUGAACGCUGUGGAAGGCGCUGCUAGAAAGAAGUAUGAGGCCUGCGACCGAAAUGGGGUCUCUCACUCACCGUCUAAAAUGGGCAUCGCAAGCGUUAAUGGCGAGAAGGCCCCGUGCUCUGAAGCGCAUGCCAAGAUAAGCUGCCAAGGAUGCUGCAAGUCAUCCACAGCGGAGCACGACGAAAAUUGCCUAGUGCGAAGAACGAAGGCGCCCGACGGCGUAUGGAAGAACAUUGUGCUGCUUCUAAAGAACCCUGUUCUCUACGUUCUCGUGGGCACAUUCACGAUCGGCGAGUACACUACGAUCACUUUCGAGACGACAGUCUUGGACUAUGCGGCCGACAGAGGCUCCGCGAGGCGUCAAGCAGAGCCCAUGGUAAUGUACGUGGCUACGGCUGAGAUGCUGGGACGGCUGGUGAUACCUUUCUUCUGGGAUCGCGCCCGCCUCAGCCGCUACCUCCUGGUGGCGCUGUGCCUGCUGGCCGAAGCUGUCUGCCUGGUCGGUAUGCCGCACGCCACCUCCUUUCCACAAGUCGUGGCGACUGCCGUGGUGACGGGCAUCCCCGCGGGUUGUAUAGUGGCGUUGAAACCCGUGGUGCUGAGUGACCACUUCGGCGUGGAGAGGUUAUCGGUAUGCUGGGGCAUCGCCGGUAUCGCUUUGCUGCCUGUCGCCUUCGGCGGGCCGCUUCUCAUAGGCCUGUUUCGGGACACCCUGGGGUCCUACGAGAAUCUGUACCGCAUGCUGUCCGCCAUGUGCGUCACCUGCGCCGUCGCGUUCUUCGUUCUGGACUUCCUGCUGACGCGAGCCCGGAGGCAGCGGAACCUUGCCGAAGAGUCGCCGUGCUCAUCUCAGCGAUUUCGGGCUCGAUCCUUUGACUCCGAAGUGGAUGUUAGAAACAUUUACUGACUGCACCAGGACGCUGACGCUGUUGAUUCCGAAACUUCAGAAGAGAGGCUCUCGAGGUACACAUUCCUCGGCACUGCCAUGAUGUGACGUGCCCGCGAAUGCGCAAAUAGUGUAACUCGCGCAAUAGAUGUGAGAACGCGAGUGCAUGUAUAUAACGAAAUUGUGAACCAGUCCGUGCACGUAUCGCAUUUUAACACAUGUGGAGCGUUAUAAAGGCACUGACUACAUGUCGUGCAAUAUAUUUUACAACGCGUGAUUCUUCAGCUGACGGAUGUCUGCUGAAAACGCACGGGAGCGAUACAUCCGCAAAAUAAGUGUACGUGGUAUUGCAUGAGUCGUAAAAAUGACGGACAUUCCUUCAAAAUAAUCUUGACUUGCACAUAUUGCGCUUAAACGAGGUAUAA